AUGAAGAUUCGAGUACGAUGUCUGUCGGCUGUGACUGAGAACGAGCCGUUAGAGUUAGAAAAUGAGACAGAGCUUGUGGUUGUCACACCUGGUCAAGUCAUUAGCACGGAUACAGGCGCGUUUUUGCGUGGACAUGGCACGUAUUUAAGCAAUCGGAACGAAUUGGUGGCUAGCGUUGCUGGUGUUGUGGAGAAAGUAAAUCAGCUUAUUACUGUGCGUCCGCUUGUGUCACGUUAUAUUGGCGAAGUAGGUGACAUUGUGGUUGGUCGAGUUACAGAAGUAGGUAGCAAACGCUGGAAAGUUGAUGUGAAUGGCCAGCAGGAUGCUAGCUUAAUGCUGAGUUCAGUGACACUACCGGGAGGAGCUCAGCGUCGUCGAACAUACGCCGAUCAGCUUCAAAUGCGUGCAUUCUUUGUCGAAAAUGACCUGAUCUCAGCUGAAAUUCAAGAGGUUCGAUACGAUGGCUCACUUAGUCUUCAUACGCGUAGUUUACGCUACGGUAAACUUGAGAAUGGCCAGUUUGUGGCCGUGUCUGCUCCUCUUGUCAAGCGAAUGAAGCAGCAUAUGGCUACGCUACCAGGAAUUGGUGUGGACGUUAUCCUUGGCACCAACGGAUAUAUUUGGGUUUCUCGGACCAUGCCUGACGUAGGAGAUGACGAUACAACGAGCAACAUGGAGACACGCGUUGAGGUGCUGACGGCUAAGAGACAAUUACAUGCGGCCACACCUAUGAGCGUUGAAGAUCGCCGGAAAAUUGCAUGCGUCUCGCAGGCGCUUUUGCGACUUAAUGAACAGUUUCAGAUGAUCACACCUGACAGCAUCAUGGCCACAUACGAAUUGUUAAAGUCCCAGGGUAGCUAA